UAUUAUUAUUAUCAUGAUCACAAUCAUCUAUUCAGUUCCUCUCUUGAGGAGGAGGAGCAGCAGCAGAGAACUCCUCCGUUUUCUUUUCUCUAUACCAAAUGGAUCGCACCGGAAGAGGAAAAACCGGAUUUGUUGAAUGAAUCUGUUCCGAUUCAUGGCGAUUUCAGUCAAACACAAACAGAAAGGUAGACUUUGACUUUUGGAAGUUUGAGAAGAUGUUUCUUCUUUAGCUAGCCUCGUCCUAUUCCAUUUAGGACAGUACUGAAUUCGAUCUCUAUUGUAGAGCAAUGGAGCAGGAAGCUAAUUCUUGGAUAAGGAGAACUAAGUUUUCUCAUACAAUUUACCAUCGUUUUGAUUCUGCAAAAUUAGCCUCUGUUCCUCUUUCUAUUGAGUUAGAACAAUAUGCAGGUCUUAAAUCUAGAUCUAGAAAGACAGAACAAGUAUCAUCAUCAUCUUCUUCUAAUGUUCUUAAAUCAUCCACCACUAGUCUUACAAAGCUUCAACGAAAUCCCGUCACUCAUAAGCUGAGAUCAGUCUCUCCCAACCCUCAAACCAUCCUCUCUGAUGAAUUUAAGGAAGCUCAAUCAUCUAAGAAGAGGUUCUCAACGCCAGCUCCUCAAAGAAGGAACAACUCUGGGUCUGGGAAAGGAGUUUUGAAUAAGAAUUACUUGUCUUCAUCGAUGAAGUUUUAUGAUAAGAUGAUGAGUAGGAAGGAUUCUUCUUGGAUGAAAUACUUUGAUCAUGGAGGUGGAAGAGUUACUUCAGUUGAAACAGCUGAUGAAUUAAUGGUGGAUCUUUCUCAGCUCUACUUUGGUCCGAAAUUUGCUUUUGGUGCUAACAGUCAGCUUUAUCAAGGAAUAUAUAAAGAUGAACCUGUUGCAGUGAAAAUUAUAAAAGUACCAAAUGAUGUUGAUGAUGAUGAUGAUAAUGGUGCUUUAUCGGCUAAGCUAGAGAAACAGUUCAAUAGGGAAGUCACGUUUUUAUCUCGUCUUCGCCAUGAAAACGUCGUGAAGUUUGUUGCAGCAUGGAGGAAAGCGCCAGCUUACUGCAUAAUCACAGAAUAUUUAUCCGAAGGUUCUUUAAGAGCAUACCUUCAUAAGCUCGAGCAAGAACACAUUCGUCUUCCGCUUAAGAAACUUAUCGGAAUCGCUCUAGACAUUGCCCGUGGGAUGGAAUACAUCCAUUCUCGAGGAGUAGUUCAUAGAGACCUAAAACCCGAAAACAUCCUUAUCAACAAAGAUUUCCGUAUGAAGAUUGCUGAUUUUGGAAUCGCAUGCGAGGAAUCGUCUUGUGAUUUGUUUUCGGAUGAUCCAGGUACAUAUAGAUGGAUGGCUCCGGAGAUGAUUAAACGUAAAGCUUAUGGAAGGAAAGUGGAUGUUUACAGCUUUGGAUUGAUUCUAUGGGAAAUGGUGGCUGGGAAAAUUCCUUAUUCGGAUAUGACACCUAUUCAAGCUGCAUUUGCGGUUGUGAAUAAGAAAUUGAGACCGGAGAUUCCUGAGAAAUGUUGCGGUACUUUGAGAGGUUUGAUUGAGCAGUGUUGGUCUUCGAAACCGGAGAAGAGACCCGAGUUUUGGCAGAUUGGGAAGGUUUUGGGGAAGUUGGAGUUUGAUUGUUCAAAUAAAAUUGAUGAUGGUGAUGAUGAUAAGAAGGGAGGACGUCGUGGUUUUUGGAUGCAGAAGAUUGGUUCUUCUAAUGUAUAUUCUAAUAAUAUGCCUAUGCCUAAGCCUAGAUUUACAUGAAAACUUGCUUCUUUAUUUUAUGGUCUUGUUUUUUUUUAUGUAUCAUUGAGUAAAGUUACAGCAUGUUUUGUUCUUUUUUGUUUUCAUUGGCUGAACGAAUGGCUUCAUUGUGUGAUGAUAAGAAGAGAAUAAAAAUGGUGUAUAUUGGUUUUGAUGGAAUUAGGAAUUUGUUGCAUUUUAAAUUGUU